CCCUUAAUACUUGACCUGUUUCUAAACAUGUAAAUAUUCUAACAAUAUUAUAUUAUUUCUCACUCCACCGCUAUUAACCCACCUACCCCCUACUCCAUACAAAAAAUAAUUAAAAAUUCAACCCCUACUCUCCCCCAACCUCACCUCUUAACCCACCUCCCACUAACUACAUUAAAAUAAUACCCUACUAUCAACUACUAUCUAUUAAAUUAAAUAAGUCAAUUCAAAACCUUUAAAUUCUGUGCCGGUCAAACCGGGUCGAGUAUUCCGGGACGGAGGGAGUAUUUGUACUAGAGAUACCUGGCCUAACUUGCUUGUGACUUGUGACUUACUCUUAUUCAAAUUUGGCUAGGCCAUAACUCGGUUUGUAUGAGCUUAACUCGAUUUUAAAUUCAGAACUUCUAUGCUAAUCUAAUGGCACUAGCCGCACCACCGAACUUCAAAAUCUUAACCAAUACUCCUUUUGUCCCUAUUUGUUGAGGUAGGUUACACGGUUUUUGCCCCAUAUUUUCGCUUAUUGCGUUGAAAAGUCAAACAAAGUACUAAGUACCGGCAAUAAUGACAGUAAUUAAUAAAACAAUGACAAUAUUUUAAUACAAUAAUAACAAUAUUUAUGCAAACGAUGACAAUACUUAUAUAUAACACUUAAUACACAACACUUUUACCCAUUAAUUUAAUAUGCAAUACUUUUACCUAUUUAUUUAAACGAUCCCUUUACUUUUUCUAUUUCAUUUCAUUUCCUUUUUUCUGGGUGAUUGACAGUAUUUUAAUAUAACAAUGACAAUACUUAUAUUACCGUUGACUAUAUAACAAAUUAGCAACCAUUUCACACAUUUAUUUAAGGGCCAACCAACUUUUUCAAUUUCUUUUCUUUUACAUUCUUUUUGGGGUGGGUAUGGGGCAAACACCCGUUGGUGGACAACGUUGUAACCUAACUCCUAUUUGUUUGCCUCAUUUGUUAUAUUAGUCCGUCCCUAAAUAUAGUCCCUCUAUCGUAAAUGUUUAUGGGACUACAAUUUUACUCUCAUAUAUAAUACAUUUGGCACACCACUUUUGAAUUUUCUCAAUUCUAUUUACUCAUUUCUUAAUGAAGCACAUUUGUUUUAAGGGACGAACAAUAAGGGACAGAGAAAGUACUUAAACACCUACAAAAAUAGAAAUGAUAUUUGGUCAGAUCGUUUGACAAAAGAUCCGGACUACUCAUCCAAAUAUCAAGGAGAGGGAAGAGAGAGAGACAAAAAGUGAUCUAUGAAUAAUUGAGCACCACGUCAGUCAAUCCAACCACACACAAACAAAAUUGCCAAAAUGCAAAUUGUCCCUACAUUCCACCCUCACUCGAUAAGGCUUACAAAAUUUCCCAUCAACAUUUUCCAGAAAAACCAAUCCUACACACAACCAACAUUUCUAGAUUAAUCUUUCCCCAUUUGCAAUUUGCACCCCUGAAAUUAAUUUUAGGCCACUUCCCAUAUUCAAUUUCUUCAAGAACAAUUCAAUUCCUUUGACCUUCCCAAUAAAUUAUCUUCCACGAAAAAAACAAUGUUGAAAACCAUAACAUCAUCAUCUCCAUCCCUCCCACUUCUCUUCAAAUUCAAUAAAUCUUCAUCUUCUUCAUCCUUAUCUCGUUGUCUCUCUUUCCCUUUCUCAAAACCCUCAAACCCACCAACACUUCGCACUUUCUCUGUUCUCAAUUCCUUCAAAAACCCCAUGAACAACCUCCUUGGAAAACUGGGUUUUGCUUCUAGAACCCCCGUAGAAGCUUCAUUGGCGGAUUCUUCUGCAAUUGCGCAAGGCCCAGAUGAUGACUUGCCUGCCCCUGGUCAGCAGUUUGCUCAAUUUGGGGCAGGUUGUUUUUGGGGGGUAGAAUUGGCAUUUCAAAGGGUGCCUGGUGUGAGCCGUACUGAAGUUGGUUAUACCCAAGGGCUCACUCAUAAUCCUACUUAUGAGGAUAUUUGUUCUGGGAUGACUAACCAUUCUGAGGUUGUUAGGGUUCAGUAUGAUCCCAAAGUGUGUAAUUAUCAGGAUCUUCUCGAUCUUUUUUGGGCUAGACAUGAUCCUACUACUCUUAACCGUUCAGGGAAUGAUGUAGGGACACAGUACAGAUCAGGAAUAUACUUCUAUACACCUGAGCAAGAACAAACUGCAAUUGAAUCAAGGGACCUUCAACAAAAGGUUUUAAACAGGACAAUCGUGACCGAGAUUCUGCCUGCAAAGAAGUUCUACAGAGCUGAAGAGUACCAUCAACAGUACCUUGCUAAGGGUGGCCGGUUUGGUUUCAGGCAAUCCACUGAGAAAGGGUGCAAUGACCCUAUUCGAUGCUAUGGCUAAAUUCUGUCAAGUCUCGGGUACUUAGUUAAUUACUCAUACAGUCAGUCAUACUUGUUUUGGACCCUUGUUUUGGGUUAGAUUAUGCCUAUAAAUCUAUAAUUAUGUUGUAUAGAAAAAUUCAGACUGCAUAUUUUGCUGGUGUGAGAUUGCUGUUGGCUCAUACAGGUCACAGCCUUCUUGUAUCCAUUUACGUUGACUUUUAUUGACUGAUUACCGAUCUUUAUGUAUAAUAUACUGCUUGUAAAUUCAAUGGCAUCUUAUCUGUUUCAGGAAUAGCAUAUAUAUGUAUAAUAUACUGCUGUUAUUGGAUGAUUCCUUUGUCCUAA